UAGUACCACGUGGGUAUGACCAAUAUGGUAUGUCUAAUUGAGUGGUGCUUAUUAACACUCAGCCAUUUCCCACUGAAUAACUCAUCUCAGCCGGCUGGAACUGGCUCCUCUUUAAAGCAGAAGUUGUGCCACAGCACAAAUGCUUUUCACCAGCUACAAUUGAAACGGAUUAUUGAAAAGCUUCAGAAAAUGGCUUCAGGAGUUGUCAAUUGCCAUAACGGUGACGUUCCUCAGUCCAUCUCCUUCUCCGGGUCUGGAUUCAUGGCCACCUACCAGUUAGGUGUGGCCCAGUGUUUCCAUAACUAUGUUCCCUGGAUCCUGCGGACAGCUCCGUAUGUUCUUGGUGCGUCGGCUGGAUCUCUGGUGGCAGCUGCUGUGGUCUGUGAGAUGAGCCCAAUCACCAUUCGGGAUGAGAUGAUCCACUUUGCCAAACAGAUGAAGGCUUUCCCACUCGGGCCAUUCAACCCCUCAGUCAACGUGUUCCACUGGUUGGAGAGCAUUUUAAACAAGUACCUUCCCCCCGAUGCACACCACUUGGCCAGCGGUCGUCUCGCUGUGGCUAUGACCCGUCUGAGUGAUGGCAAGCACAUAGUGACGACUGAGUUUCAGUCCAAGGAGGAUGUCGUACAGGCCCUGCUUUGCAGCUGCUAUGUGCCUGGGUACUGUGGAAUUUCGCCUCCAUCCUUCAAAGGAGAAUAUUAUGUAGAUGGAGGUUUCAGUGGCAUGCAGCCUGUACCGCCUGUGUCCUGCAGCCACACGUUGACAGUGUCACCGUUCUCCGGAGAGACCGACAUCUGCCCCUCGGACACGCCGUGCAUUUGGGACAUGGUGGUGAGCGGAGCCACGCUGAAGGGCAACAUGGCCAACAGCUUCAGGGUCCUCAACGCUCUUUACCCCAUUGCUUUAGAGACGCUGGAUCAAGCAUACUACAGCGGCUACAAAGACACCAUUGAUUUUCUUCAACGCAAUGAUCUUGCGCCAUAUUUAACGAUGAAAAAAUUAUCCCGGGGGCCAUUCAGCUGCAACCAAAGUAAGGUGUGGAUGCAUCUGGCCACCACCACAGAGGAAGAGGAGGAGAUGAAGGUGGAGCAGGAUAAAGCCACACUGACGUCUUUUACAGACAACAGACAUAUACAGACGGGCCCUGCCAAAGUCCACAGUAAGAGAUUGCAGACGCUGCACAGCUUCACUCCAGGGUUGUUUUUCUGGGCCUGGCAUUGCUUGAGACAUUUUUUCUUCUUCUUUUUCAACACAGUUGUGUGUAGCCUCAAGAAGAACACCAAGGACAGGAUUAUGCCCGUCAUCUUGUUGUUGCGGUGGCUGAAAAUCCAGGCCGUGUUGGAGGAUGUACAACAGACUCGCUCAUCGACCUGCAAUAACUCUUCUGUCCAAUCAGAUAAUAUCAAGCGUGGGUGUUCACCCAGGCAGCUCAUCACUCCGUCACGGCAUUACAAGAAAACAAAAUAAAAAUCAAAACUUUAUUCUUUGUACCAGCGAUCACAUGGACUUCUACAUUGAAAAAUAAUCCAAGGCUGAGUUUGAAAAAUGUCUUUGUUUCAUCUAAGAUGGUGAAAAUUCUUCUGAUGUUUUAUACUUUUUUGUUGUAUCAGUGGGGAGCCACCUUCACUAAGGCCUGGCUGCACUUGUAUUCUUUUAUUUUACACUCAACACUGUACUGCAUAUGUGGUAAUAUUAUAACAGCACAUGAAGCUAACACUUCCAAUUAACAAGCAACACAAGACUCAGUACCAGUGAACCAGUGUUUAGUCUGAAAGUGACUGAGUUUACCUUCUUAGGUCACUGUUGUGAUGAUUGGCCUAAAAAAAGUUUUAUUUGUUAUGUUUGCUAUAGUGAAACAUACAAAAAAAAAAUGUUUUGAGUCAAGUUACAAGUUUCGCCCGAGGGCCUGUAUUUACUGUUUCUAAUUAAAUGUGCACUUAAGAGAUGGCAGCCAGUCCUGUGACGUACUAUUUGAACACUGCACCCUUUCACUCCGUGUCCCCUUGAGUGGUGAGCAUUCGCUUUCCACUCUCACAGAUCCACUGUUAAGCUCUGGGCAUGAGCUUAUUUCCUAAAUGGCUGCAGGAAAUUCUAUGAAUCCUGAGAAAUGAAAUUGACGUAAUUUGUA